AUGAAAAAAUACCCGCAUUGCGUUGUGUUGACACAAGUUGGAUUUCUCUGGGAGCUUUAUUUCCAGCAAGCAACAAAAUUUGCACCAUUGUUAGAUAUUAAACUAAGAAAAGCAAAAAAAGAUAGAAUACCAAUUAUUGGAUUUCCUGUUCAUGCAUUGGAUAAAUAUCUACAAAUACUAUUGGAUGAAGGUCACUCAGUAGCCCUCUGCGCUGAAACACCGAACAAAAAUGCAGAAUACGGUGAUUUAAAAUACGUAAGAAAUGUCACUCGCAUAAUUACCCCUGGAACACUAAUCAACGAAAGUUUUCUCGAUCACAACAAAAAUAAUUUCCUACUCGCAAUCGCUUUGGACGAGUCCUUACAAUCCACUGGACUCUCGUGGAUUGAUAUUUCAACUGGGGAAUUCUUUAUGCAAAAAUCCGUGCUCGCUGCAUUGUCUAGCGAUAUUUCGCGUAUUCGCCCAAGUGAAAUUUUGCUGAGUGACGUAUAUAGUGUGUAUGCAGAACAUAAAAUAUGGAAUUAUAUUGAUCGAGAGGAAUAUUCGGUUUCUUUUGAACCGGGGAAUACCUUUGAUGCAAAGACCACCUCGUGGGAGGCUGAUUUAAAAUCCGAGGGAAUUGAGUUUCAUGAAGUGUUUUCGCCGAUUGAAAUGAAAGCUAGUGCUGGAUUGUUCAAGUACAUAGAGAAAAAUUUGUUUGGACGUAAAAUUAGAGUGGAGCAUCCGAUUAGGGUUAAUCCGGAGGAUACAAUGAUCAUAGAUGCUACUGCUUUGUCUUCUUUGGAAAUUACUGCUUCAAUGCGCGAUAAUCGUAGAAAAGGGAGCUUAUUACACGCUAUUCAACGAACUAAAACUGCCUCUGGAUCUCGCAUUUUAAACCGUUGGCUAAGAUUACCAUCAACAUCACUAGACGUAAUCACAAUUCGCCAAGACUUGGUUGAAUAUUUCUACAAUAACACACACUUAACCAGUGAUAUACGCGUUUUCUUGGAAGAUUGCAGUGACGCACAAAGGAUGACUCAACGAUUAUCACUAGAUUAUGGGGGAAUUGAAGAUUAUAUAAAGUUAAAACGUACCAUCAAAUCGACAAACGAAAUUGAAAAACGUAUACGAGAGGAAUUACUAACGACUCCGAAUAAUUCCAUGGAAACUAUUAUCGAUCGAUUACAUUCACAAGAUGAUUUGAUGAGUAAAAUUGAUGGUGCAUUUAAUGAAGAAGCGUUGAUUAAGAUGCAAGAAGCUAAUAUCGAGUUGAAUAUUCAAAGGAAAAUCAAUAAGAAUAAAUCAUUUCCACAAGCAUCACCACCGCCACAAGACUCAUUUUUCGACGAUAAAAAUACAGAUAAUUGGUAUAUAAAGAAAAAUUACUCGCCAGCAUUAAAAAGGUUGCACGUGAAAUUAGAUAGUUUGUAUUCCGAUAAAGUUUCGCUUAUAGAGCAAUUGAAGAAAGAAUUGAAUGUAACAAAAAUUCUCUUAUCACACACCCCUCAUGGAUUUGUUGGGACUGUUAGUUGCAAAGAGGAAAAUCAAUUUCAAAAAGUUUCGUCCCUUUUACCCUUCUCAUUAUCAGAAUUGAAACCUACUUUUGUGAAAAGAGAUCGAAGAUAUGCGAUGUAUUUUAUUCCGCAAUGGAAUCAACUGGGUGGAGAAAUUGAGGAUAUUAAAACUGAGAUACGCAAAUUCGAGAAUAGAGUUUUUGCAGAUUUACGAAGUAAGGUGAUACAAAACUGGAAUCUUACGGUUCAAAAUUCAUGUAUAGUUGACGAAUUGGACGUGACUUCGUCAUUGGCCAUAUUAGCAAAGGAAAUGAAUUUUGUACGGCCUUCGAUUAAUAACGGAACAUCUCUUAAAAUUAUCGGUGGUCGCCAUCCAAUCGUCGAAACAUCUCUCAAAGAAAAGAACAUCUUUUAUUCCAAAAAUGAUUGUCAUAUUGGUGGCGAUGAUAAAGAACGGGUGUGGUUGAUUACCGGUCCAAACAUGGGUGGUAAAAGCACGUUUCUACGACAAAAUGCUGUGAUCUCGGUAUUGGCUCAGAUCGGAUCUUUUGUCCCUGCCGAUUAUGCAGAAAUUGGAAUUGUUGACCAGAUAUUUAGCAGAGUUGGGGCUUCCGAUAGUUUAUUCCAGAAUCAAUCAACCUUCAUGGUAGAAAUGAUUGAAACAGCUCACGUAAUAAUGGACGAAGUAGGUCGAGGAACCACAACAUUGGACGGGAUCGCAAUAUCUUUUGCCUCGUUAUAUCACCUACACUAUCAGAAUCGAUGUCGAACAUUAUUCGCCACGCAUUUUCACGAGCUGUCUGAAAUGAUACGGGAUUUCGAGAACGCUGCUUGUUAUUGUACUGGCGUUAAGAGUAAUGAGGAUGGUAGUUUUCAUUAUAUGCAUCAAUUGAAAAAAGGAGUUAACAGAAAUUCAUGUGCUUUGAAGGUCGCACAAUUAGCAGGAAUGCCAUCGUCAGUAUUAAAAGUGGCAGAACAUACACUGAAAUACCUAGAACAACAAUACAAACCAACAGUUAUCAAUAUGGACUUUUUGAAGGAACUGGAAAUUGAUAACAAAAAUGACAAGACAGAUAGUGAUGAGACAAUGACAGAGAAAAAGAAGGCAAAUAAAAGUGACAAGACAGAUAAUGAUGAGAAAGUGACAAAGAAAAAGAAGGCAACGGCAAAGUCGCAACAAAAACUCGCGGAUGAUGAUCUCAGUAGCCGGAGUAAUAUCAAAAGUACAGCUAGUAGUAGAAAGAAACUCAAGAGUCUACCUUCAAGCCUUGGUAUAGCGAUAUCAGCAACGAUUUAA